UCCCCAACUGUCGCGUGUUGAUGACGUCAAUGUAAUGGCCGCUGUCGCUGUGUGGUGUAGGGCUUAUUAUUUUCUGAAACACAGCGGAUAAAAUAACCAGAAAAUAUUAUUGUACUGCGUAAAAGCGAUUUAAUAGAAUCGGGGUAGUUCGUUACGCAGCAAACCUGUCUUCAACGAGGUCCAGGUUGACAAGUGGAACAAUCUUUGAUGGAUACCCCUGAAAGCCCGACCCAGUCCCCUCAGUCACCUGAGGAGCAGGAGAAAGGCUGUUCAGACAGCGAGCUGCUGGAUUCUCCCGACGAGGAGGGCAGGGUUAUCUCAGACAACGAGUUAGUCGACGACGAGGACAAUGGAGAGCUGGAGGAGGAGGAAGAGGAAGACAUCCAGCAGUUGGCGAGUGUAGGGCGAGAUUCCGAGUUGGAGGAUGAAGACGAGGUGGUCCCAGAAUUUGUCUCAGACCCAGAUGACGACGAUGAGCCCAUCGGCGAGGGGGGGACAGGCAGCGGGAUGAUGGGGCCCGACGACGAGACCAUCCUGCUGAUGGACGGAGACGACGACCCUCCGCGGAAGAGCCAUUCGGCUGACGAUGACGAUGAAGAGGAGGAGGGAGAGGAGGACAAUGAAGCAGAAGAGGAAGAAGUCAUUGAUACGCCACAGUCUCCAGAUGCCGAGCCAGACCACGGCAAUAGCUAUUCGGCCCGAGGGAGAGAGCCCCUAGAAGAUGGCGAGGAGGAGGAGGAGGAGGAGGAAGACGAGGAGGACAACGAGGAAGAGGAGAAGAAGAAGGAAAGCCAUCAGUCUCCUGGCCAUGAGCCGAAGGAUUCUGCAGCAGGGCACAAACCUGUAACAGUAGUUACAGAGGAGGUGGAGGAGGGGGAGGAGGAGGAGGAAGAAGAAGGAGAAGAACAACAACAACAAUAUUGCAACAGGGUGGAGGAGGAAGAGGAAGAAGACGAAUAUAAGAACAGGGCAGCAGAGGAAGCCAAGAGGAGGACCGAAGAGGAUGAGGAAGAUGCUCGGAGGAGGAGGAGGGCGGCAGUGGCACGGGAGAUGAAGGAGGACACGGCGUCGUCCUCCCGGGAGCUGGAUGAGCACGAGCUGGACUACGACGAGGAGGUCCCAGAGGAGCCAAGUGCCCCCCCGGCCGCCGAGGAUGAGGACGAGGAAGAGGAAGGCAAGGUGGAGCAAGGAGACGGGGAGCACGCGGAGGACAAACUCCGAAGCAUGAGGAAAAGGGAGAAGAAGCCCAUCCUCCCCCCUUCACCCAGGGACGGCCCGUCCAGGAAGGCGGGGGACCACAAGGGCCCAGAGAGGGGUCGCAGAGACUCUUUCAAGAAGAAAGACGAGGAUGACGGGGAGAUGGACGAAGGAGAGAUAGACGAUGAUGACCUUGAAGAAGGCGAGGUCAAAGACCCCAUGGACCGAAAGAUCAGACCACGUCCUAUCUGCAGGUUCUUUGUCAAAGGUAAUUGUACUUGGGGCAUGAACUGUCGGUUCAUCCACCCGGGAGUCAACGACAAAGGCAACUACUCCCUCAUCACCAAGCCCGACCUGUUCUCCCCCAACGGGGCGCCCCCAGGGGCACCCCAUCCCCUCCUGCCAAACAACCCAUGGGGCGCCCCUCCGGUGGAGGAGCUCCCGCCGCCCCCGCCGCCCGUGGAGCCUCCUGUGGAGAGUGCCUGGGAGCGGGGCCUGAGGCAUGCCAAAGAGGUUCUAAAGAAAGCCACUAUACGCAAGGAGCAGGAGCCUGACUUUGAGGAGAAGCGCUUCAACGUCACCAUUGGAGAGGACGAAAGGGAGUUUGACAAGGAGAACGACUUCUUUAGAGAGCGCAACUACCGCAUUAUCAGAGAUGAAAUGGACUUCAGGGAACCCAUCUACCCCGGGGAGCCGUAUGCCGACCCAUACUAUGACUAUGAGAUGGAGGCCCUGUGGCGAGGGGGGCAGUACGAGAACUUCAGAGUGCAGUACACAGAAGCCCCUCCUCUACCAUACCACUACACUGAGCGCGAGAGGGAGCGAGACCCCCGGGACCGCAACCGGGACCGGGACCACGAGCGGGACCACCGCGAGCGGGAGCGCCGGCAGCGGGAGCGCGAGAGGGAGCGCGAGAAGGAGCGCCUGCGCCGCAAGGAGGAGUGGGACCGGGACCGCCUGAAGCGGGAGGAGAAGGACCGCCCCCCCCGGGUGCGCCCCCCGCGGGAGCCCCGGGAGAAGAAGGAAGAGGACAUCAAGAUGAAGGUCCGCCCCGAGCCCCACUCGCCCGUCCCCCCGCCGCCCACCAACAGGCCGCUAGAGCCGCUGCCCAAGAAGGACACCAUGACGCCCACGAUGAGGCGACCAGACGAGUGGAAAGAUCCCUGGCGCCGGUCCAAGUCGCCGCGGAGACGGCAGCCCAUGGGCUCGCCGCCGCGGGGCCGCCGCCGCCACCGCCCCUCGGGCUCCUCUGUGACCAUGUCCCACUCGUCCAGGUCGUCGUCUCGGUCCUCAUCUUUCACAGGCAGUGGGUCGUCGCACUCCCGCUCGCGCUCCUCCUCCUUCAGCUCCUACUCCAGCCACUCCUCUCACCACAGCUCCAUCAGCGGCAGCCGAUCCAGAUCAAGAUCGUUCUCCACCUCGCCCUCUCCGAGUCAGGCUGCACCCAGAAACCUUAAGAACAAGACAGACCUGCCCCUGGUGCUGCCAAAGGGGGCGCCGCUGAAGCCUGGCCCCGGAGCCCCCCCGCGGAGGGAAAAGCCUCCCAUGAAGAAAGCCCUGAGCCCCCCCAUUCCCGCCGGCACCCAGCAGGGCAAGCCUCAGCGUCCCACACCCGAGGGGGGGCGACCGCCUGCCCACAGCCGGGAGGGAGGAGGAGGAGGAGGAGGAGGAGGAGGAGGAGGAGGAGGAGGAGGAGGCGGAGGUGGUGGUGGUGGUGGUGGUGGUGGAGGAGGAGGAGGAGGUGGUGGUGGUCCUGUUGGCCCCGGCGCUGUACCAGGGGGAGCGCCUGGAUCUGCCCCAGCUGCAGGAGGAGGAGGAGGAGGAGGAGGAGGAGGAGUAGUGGAAGGAAGGCCCCCAGCCCCGAGAGAGCCUGGGAAGCCGCCGGGCCCCAGGGAGGGAAGACGCAAAGAACGGCAACAGCACCCGCCGCGCAGGCGCACUGCCAGUGGCAGCAUGAGUGCGAGCAGUUACACCGGUUCCAGCUCCAGAUCCUCGUCCAACUCGCUGUCACGCUCUGGCUCGCGGAAAUCCAGGAAAUCAAGGUCUCUGAGCGUGAGCAGCGUGUCGUCCGUCUCCUCGGCCACGUCGGGCACCAGCAGCUCGGUGCGCAGCGCAGACUCCGAAGACAUGUACGCCGACCUGGCCAGCCCCGUGUCUUCGGCCAGCUCCCGCUCCCCCACGCCCGGCCAGCCCGGGGGUGGGCACCCGGCGCCCCCCGGGGGAGGGCACCCCGCCCACCCCGGGGGGCCCCUGGGUCACCCCCUGGGACACCCCGGCGGACACCAGGGAGGACACCAGGGAGGACACCAGGGAGCACACCCUGGGGGACACCCUGGGGGACACCCUGGGGGUCACCCUGGGGGACACCAGGGCGGACACCAGGGCGGACACCCGGGCGGACACCCGGGCGGACACCCGGGCGGACACCCGGGCGGACACCAGGGGGGACACCCGGGCGGACACCAGGGGGGACACCAGGGGGGACACCCGGGCGGACACCCGGGCGGACACCCGGGCGGACACCCGGGGGGACACCCGGGGGGACACCCGGGGGGACACCCUGGGGGACACCCCCGCAGAGAGAGGCCUGGACCGCCCCGUGAGAGGCUGCCACACCCACGAGACAGGGGCAGGGGGAGACCGCUGAAGAAGGACGAGCCCUUCCGUGAGGACCGCAGGAAGAUGGACCCCUCCGGGAUGCCCCCACGAGGAGGCAACUUCAUGCCCAGGAUGGGACCCGGGAACAGGGGCGGCCACCAUAUGCACCACAUGCCCGGUAACAUGGGCCCCCCAGGGAACUACGGAGGAUCAGGAUCCCAUAAAGACAUCAAGCUCACCCUCCUCAAUAAGCAGCAGGGUGACCGCGGCAACAGGAAGAGGUACAUGCCGUCUGACAAAGAGCGCCCAGGCUCCCCUCUGAGCAAGAGGAUGGCCAUGUCUCCUGGCAGAGGCCGUGACCGGAGGAUGCCAGGACGACCAAUGUUCCCGCCGAGAAUGGAUCGGCCCAGAGGCCCAGGUCCCCGGCCCAUGCCACCUCAAGGAGACAGGAAGCGUCCGCUGUCCCCGCCAACCAAGUCCUCCGGAAAGGGCCCGUCGACUCCAUCGGGCAAACAGGCUGCCCCAGGCCCGGGACCUUCUUCUGGCUCUGGACCGGGCUCUGGCUCUGGCUCGGGCUCGGGCUCGGGUAAACCCAGCAAUACGCUAUCACGUCGGGAGGAGCUGUUGAAGCAGCUGAAGGCCGUCGAGGACGCCAUCGCCCGCAAGAGGGCAAAGAUCCCGGCAAAGUAGCCCACCCUGAGCCCAGCUCAGCGACAAAGAUGCCUGCCGGUUCGCCUACCUGCCGUUACGGACUAGUGGCCAAGGCGACAUUGUGGGCCAUGGGAUUGGGGGAUUUUCCCCCGGGAAUCCCACACAUUUCCUCCUGACCACACUCUGCCCCUUAAUGCCCUUUGAUGUGGAGCAUUUCACUGGAUAUGUGUAAAAUAAACAACAAAUAUUCUCGUCCCACAACAUAUGUAUGCCGCUGUUUGAAUGGCCAGCAAACAAUACCGUGGCCAGCAUAAAUACUUGAUUGUAGACAACAUACAUGGGAUUUUGUUCCGUCAAUUUGCAUACAGCCAACUUGCUCUGCCAUUUAACAUUGUUAAAUGUCCAUGUUCGUUUACUUGCUGUUGUGAAAGGGAUGCCGGUCAGGACUUCAUGGAUUGUCCUAUAUCUUGAUUUUACAGAACCGAAACAAAAUGGUGGAUAAGUUCUGUCUACUUGUUGGUCAGUUGAGUAAAAAAAUCAAAAAAAUUACAGGAAUUAAGGACCUUUCUGAUGUUUGUGUGUUUUGACAAAUAAGGUGAAUUUAUAGAUACUGAAUCUCGUUAUCGCUUGUCUCUCCCCCUUUCUACGCUUGGCACAAUUUUUACUGGGUAGUCUUAUAUUAUUUGAAUUCUCUUUACCAUACUGCCACCCCUUAUCAAAGCCCCUUUUUAAAUCUGUGUAUGAGGUGAAUCGACAAAUUCAGUUUAGAGUUUAACUGUCAGACUUGAUAUGGUUACACAAAAGGUUUCUUAAUUGUCCUUUGUUUAUUUUGUACAUACACCCAAGUAGGUUUCCUAUUUGGAGCCCCAUCUAACCAAUCAAAUUUUGUUAAUGGCUGACACCUUUUUCCACUGACUUGCCUCUUCAACUCCACUGGCCCUGUGGGGCAAUUCGAUCCAAACCUUUAUGCAAUACUAUCGCGUUACCUGAACCCCAAGUAGGUCAUUAUUACUGGGGAAAAAAAUGGUGACGUGAAAUAUUGCUUCAUUCGGCUUUUUCUUAUCUUUCUUUAAUUUUUUGUUAUUCUUCUAGGCUCUUUUCAAGUGAUACAGAAUUUAUUUGUCCCAUUUUUAGUUGGCACACAAUAUUAGAGAUGUAACGGCGAUAUGAGUUGAUGGAUACCCGCAUCUUUCUUGUGCGACAAAAAGGGUUCUAAAUAAACUAUUUUGAUAAAGAGAA